AUGUUGGGUUCGGUGAAAAUGGAAUGCCAUGAAGUGUCGGACUGGAACAGUUUGUAUUCUGAGCCGAGCGAGAUGUACCCUGUGGCAAGCAGUAUGAAUCCCAGUCUGGGCACCAUGAACUCAAUCAACACCUACAUGGGCAUGAAUUCCAUGGGCUCCGUCGGGAACCUUUCUCCCGCCUCACUCAACAUGUCCUACACCAACCUCAGCCCGCCUCUCUCAGUGCUGCCGGGCACGGUCAGCCCCAUCACCAAUGGACUCUCGUCGAUGCCAAGCUCCAUGAGCCCCGGUGUGGGUCCGACCGGGGGUCAGACAGCGCCCGCCAACUCGCUGUCUCCAUACCAGCCCAUGGGCCAGACCUUGGGUCCCUUGGCGCUCUCGCCCGGUCUGAGCAGGGGCAAAGACUCCAAGCCAUACCGCCGCAACUUCAGCCACGCCAAGCCUCCCUACUCCUACAUCUCCCUGAUCACCAUGGCGAUCCAGCAGGCCUCCAACAAGAUGCUGACCCUGAACGAGAUCUACCAGUGGAUCAUGGACCUCUUCCCUUACUACAGGGACAACCAGCAGCGGUGGCAGAACUCCAUCCGGCACUCACUCUCAUUCAACGACUGCUUCGUCAAGGUGCCGCGGUCACCGGACAAACCGGGCAAGGGCUCCUACUGGGCCCUGCACCCAGACUCGGGCAACAUGUUCGAGAACGGCUGCUACCUGCGCCGCCAGAAGCGCUUCAAGUGCCCGAAGGAGAAGCUCUCGCCCCGGGAAGCGGCGGCCUCCUCUACCACCACCACCGCUUCCUCCACCGCCACCAUUGACGGCGCCGUGAAGAAUUCGAGCCCCAGCUCCGAGGACGCCGAGUCCAGUCAGUGCGACACCCCACCGGGAACCGAGGAGAGGAGGACCCUCACUGAGCUGGGCUGCCAGAGGGCGGUGGGCGCCUCCUCUUCGGUGCCAGGGGCGUCGCCGUCGCCUCUGCCUCAGAACAUGGCGGCCGCCGCCCACCACCACCACCAUCACCCGCUGCUGCCCGACCUCCAGACCGACCUGAAGAUGGACCCGCACUACAGCUUCAACCACCCGUUCUCGAUCACGAACCUGAUGUCCUCUGAGCAGCCGCACAAAAUGGACGCCAAGCUCUUCGAACCGCCCGCUCACUACAACAACAGCAGCGGCAGCAGCAACAAAUACAGCAACAACUCCUACAACAACAACAACAACAACAACACGCUGCUCGCCAAAAGCGGCUUCGAGGCGCCCGGUGUCGCCAACGAUCCCGGCUCCUAUUAUCAGCUCAUGUACAACAGGUCGGUCCUCAACGCUUCAUAA